GUACGCGUCAGCGUAGACGAAAGACACACUGCAGUACACCUUUUCUCUCUUGUAUCAUCUACACCCACCAUGGCACCCCGUCCCCAGUCUUCCGCGGCUGGUGUGCUCGCUUUGCUCUCUGAACCCGAGCCGCUGCUUAAGGAGCACGCUCUCAAGGCUCUCAAUGCACUUGUUCCUCAGUUCUGGGCGGAAAUAUCUGAGCAUAUUGAGUUGAUUGAAUCCUUGUAUGAGAGUGAAGAGCUUUCAAAGGACGCACACAACUCUGCCGCUUUGCUUGCUAGUAAACUAUACUAUUACCUGGGCGAUUACGACGAGGCAUUGUCUUUCGCUCUGGGUGCUGGAAAUGCUUUUGAAGCGGAAGGACGUACCCCCGGGGCCCAGGAAUACGUCGAGACUGUCAUCUCGAAGGCUAUUGACCGAUACGUCGCUGCACGAAGAGAAGAACAGACAGAAGGGGGUGGCAAGGUUGACCCGAAGCUUCAGAACGUCAUUGAAGGGAUCUUCAGGCGGUGUAUUCAAGACGGAGAAUACAAGCAAGCCAUCGGUAUUGCAUUGGAAUCGUCUCGUCUUGAUGUGAUUGAGCACAUAUACAAGCUCACCAAUGACAUCUCUCUCCUUUCGUAUACUAUGGAAGCAGUGAUUGACACUGGCUUCUCUCUUUCUUACCGCGAUCAAGUCCUCAAGUUCCUCCUACCUCUGUUCCCUCCUCCCACCGUCAACACCCACUCUCCUCACGUUCACUCGCUCACGCGUCUGCUGGUUACCCUCAGCUCACCAGAACUCACAGUUCCUCUCUUAACAUCCCUUGUUCCCGACGACAAAUUAUUAGCGUACCAGUUUGCCUUUGAUUUUGUAGAAGGCGGGUCCCAGGAUUUCUUGGAGGCUAUCAGGAAUGACUUACCUGGGGAGGAGGGUGAACAUCAAGCGAUAUACGAGACGUUGCGCCGUAUUCUGGCGGGUCAGCAAUCCGUCAAGCUUUACCUUGAGUUCCUCAAACGCAACAACAAGGUCGAUAUGCUCAUCCUUAAGCACACAAAGGACUCACUUGAACCCCGGUCAUCAAUCUACCACACUGCACUAAGCUUGCAAAAUGCGUUCAUGCAUUCUGGUACAACGUCAGAUACAUUCCUGCGCGAGAACUUGGAAUGGCUCGCUCUGGCAUCAAAUUGGUCGAAGUUCACAGCGACGGCCGCUCUCGGUGUCAUCCACAAGGGUCACUUCCAAGAAGGCAUGAACAUUCUUGGACCCUACCUUCCUCAACCCAACGGUGGCGAAAGUGGUAUUCCGGGAGCGGCUUACUCCGAGGGUGGUGCUUUGUAUGCAUUGGGUCUCAUUCACGCUGGCUGUGGUAGUGGGCGACAAGUCGAGGGAUACCUUCGAGAUGCAUUGAAGGCUGCAACUGUCGAAGUCGUGCAACAUGGUGCCGCUCUUGGUCUUGGUGUUGCUGGCAUGGGUGGAAAGAAUGCUGAGGCAUAUGAGGACCUGAAGCAGGUGUUGUAUUCAGAUUCCGCCAUCGCUGGUGAAGCAGCUGGAUAUGCUAUGGGUUUGAUUAUGCUUGGUACCGCUGAUCCGACAGCCGCGGAUGAGAUGCUCGUUUAUGCUAGGGAGACCCAGCACGAGAAGAUCAUCAGGGGCUUGGCCAUUGGUUUAGCAUUUAUUUUCUACGGCCGACAGGAACAAGCCGAUGCUACUGUGAAGGAGCUUCUGGCUGAGAAGGAUCCCAUCCUCCGUUACGGCGGUGUCUACACUCUUGCUUUAGCAUACGCUGGAACGGCCAACAACGAUGCCGUUCGCAAACUUCUCCACAUUGCGGUUUCUGACACUUCGGAUGACGUCCGAAGAGCUGCAGUCACAUCUUUGGCUUUCCUUCUCUUCAAGAACCCCUCGUCCGUCCCUCGUAUCGUUCAGUUGUUGAGCGAGAGUUACAACCCACAUGUGCGAAGUGGGGCCACUCUUGCUUUGGGUAUUGCUUGUGCAGGAACUGGCUUGCAGGAUGCAGUCGAGAUCCUUGAGCCCAUGACUAAGGACAGCGUCGACUUCGUUCGACAAGGUGCCCUUAUCGCUCUCGGUAUGGUCCUAGUCGAACAGUCCGAGGCCUCAUCAGCAUCCAUGGCCUCUACUCGCACCCUCUAUCACAAGGUCAUCGGUGACAAGCACGAAGACCCGGUUGCUCGCUUCGGUGCCACGCUCGGUCAAGGCCUUAUCGAUGCUGGCGGUCGCAAUGUCACCAUCAACUUGCAGAGCCGAGCAGGAAGUCGGAACACAAGUGCCAUCGUUGGUAUGGUAUUGUUCUCCCAGUUCUGGUAUUGGUAUCCGUUGGCCCACUGCGCCAGCUUGGCCUUCCAGCCUACUGGUAUCAUUGGUAUUGACGGCAAUUUGGAUGCGCCCAAAUUUGACUUCAUCUCGAACGCGAGGCCGAGUCUGUUCGCUUACCCGCCUCCGACGAAACCCCCCAAAAAGGAGACCGUUACAAAGGUCGCUGCUGCGGUACUGUCAACCACGGCCAAGCAGAAGGCUAGGGAGAAGAAGAAAGCCGCGGACAACGGCGAAGCGAUGGAUACGGAUGAGAAGAAAGAGGCUGACGUUGAGAUGAAAACCGACGAAGCAUCAACGUCAACUCAGAAGCAAGGCGAGAUCACACCCAAGUCUCGCAGAGAGCCAUCCUUCGAAAAGCUUUCCAACUUCUCCCGUGUCACUCCUGCACAGAUGCCUCACAUAGUCUUCCCUGCUGAUGGUCGCUAUCAACCUGUAAGGGCCGUUUCCGCUUACCCAGCGCCGAAGGGCGGCAAGGUGAACGCGAAUGGAGUCAAGCUCACUUCUGAGAAAUAUGCCGGCGGUGGUGGUAUCCUCGUUGUAGUCGAUACACGACCGGAUGAAGAGGCAGAAUACAUCGAUCUCAGUACCAUUCACGCAGUUCAUACCGCUGAUGGGGUAACCGUAGAGAUACGGGAGGGUGGUCCUGAUCCUCCGGAGCCAUUUGAGUAUCCAUUCGACAACGACACGUAGAAUUACACAUGCCCCGUACUAUUACUUGUUCUAAUAUUGGACGUCCGCGUUAUCGCUUGCAAUGAUCUUUUCUAUCUUUAAGUUGAGUCUUGCGAUGAUGAAAACAUUCGCCAUGCAUCUCAUGACCGGCAUUGCUCGCGUGAAGUCUUAUGCGAUCCUGGCUCUAACUAUAGUAUAUAAGCUUCACCAUGACGUCCUUGCUUGGCCGCUUUUUCCGCUAUUGCUGCAAGUAGAGGCUGUACUAGAACAAUGACUACAGCGGCCGCGCUUCCCCGCGUUGCUAUUCUUGAUGACUACCAG